AUGGAGAGAGAGGAGAAACAAAACCCUAAUUCUCAUGAGCGUAUCAUACGAGACACACGCAACGCCUGGUCCGAGCUGCCUGCAGAUCUGUUGAUUUCGGUUUUCGAACGCCUCGGCUUUGCUAGUUUCCAACGAGCCAAAUCCCUUUGUUCUUCUUGGCACUCCGCUUCCAGACAAUGUGUGCCCAAAAAGCAGAUCCAUUGGCUGAUUCUCUACAACUACAACAAGGAUUCUUGCAUGUUGUUCAAUCCCGAGGAAAAAGACAAACUUUACGAAUCGCAAGAUCUUGAAUUAUCAAAAGGAAAGUGUAUUGCAACCUGUGGAAGUUGGUUCCUUAUCAAAGAUCCUUUCUACACUAAUCUCUACAUUUUGAAUCUCUUUACACACGAGAUCAUCAAUCUACCUUCCGUGGAGUCACAGUUUGGAACGAAAGAAAUGAAGCGAGACGAAGAUAAUGGCUUUGCCGUACUAUCUCCUGUGUUUUGGGUUGACGAGAAAACCAAAGAAUUAUGUUGUUCUAUGGAAUCUUGA